GCUGUUGCCAUGGAUGAUACAUUUAAUGUCACUUAUUUAACUGUCGGAGGGUAUGUGCAAAUGAAGAAAUACAGAUAUAUUUACUUUGUAAUUAUGUUGAUGUUGUAUAUUCUAAUAAUCCUCAGUAAUUGUGUUAUUGUGUACCUGAUCUGGACUCACCAAAACCUGCAUGAACCCAUGUAUAUUUUCAUUGCAGCCCUCUCCCUGAACUCACUUCUGUUCAGCACAAACAUCUACCCAAAGCUUCUGAUAGACUCUUUAUCCUACAGACAGAUCAUCUCUUAUCAAGCAUGUCUUGUUCAGUAUUUUCUUUUUUAUUCGUUCUGCGGUGCAGAUUUCCUGCUGUUAGCAGCCAUGGCGUAUGACAGGUAUGUGGCGAUAUGCAAACCGCUGUUAUAUGCAUCUAUCAUGAGGAAAAGAACAGUCACUUUCUUACUGCUCUUCGCUUGGCUGAUGCCGGCCUCCCAGGUCGCAGUUCCGGCUGUUUUAAGUGCAAUGAAAAAACUGUGUCACUUCACUUUGAAAGGAAUCUUUUGCAACAAUUCGGUCUUGAAACUUCAGUGUGUGCGCUCCAGAUUAAUUACAGUGUACGGUCUGAUUGUGUUGCUAAACAUUGCCAUUCUCCCUGUGCUUUUUAUACUUUUCACAUACUCAAAGAUUCUUUUGAUAUCCUACAGAAGCGGCAGAGACGUGAGGAAAAAGGCUGCCGAGACGUGUUUACCUCACCUUUGCAUUUUAAUCAGCUUCUCUGUUUUGUGUGCGUAUGACGUGGUUGUAGCUCGACUGGAAUUCAACUUUCCCAAAACUGUGCGUUUAAUUAUGGCUUUGCAAGUGAUUUUGUAUAAUCCUGUCUUGAACCCGAUCAUAUAUGGUGUGAAAAUGAAAGAAAUUCAUAAACAUCUCAAGAAGUUGCUGAAUCUAGAGAAUAAUGAAUAA